AUGAAUGAGGAAACCUUAGAUACUGAUUACGAUGUUAUAGUGUUAGGCACUGGUCUAACGGAAUGUAUUUUAUCCGGUUUAUUGUCCGUUGAUGGUAAGAAAGUGCUUCACAUUGAUAAACAAGAUCAUUACGGUGGGGCUGGGGCUUCCGUUAGUUUAUCUCAAUUAUACACUAAGUUUAAAACUGGAGAUCAAAUAUUGUCUCAAGACGCUAGGGAAGCAAAAUAUGGGAAGGAUAGAGACUGGAACGUCGAUCUAAUUCCCAAAUUUUUAAUGACAAAUGGUGCAUUAACUGAUAUUUUGGUACACACCGAUGUUACGAAAUAUGUUGAUUUUAAACAAGUCGAUGGCUCUUACGUUCUUAUCAAGGGUAAGAUUAACAAAGUGCCAGCUACUGAAAUGGAAGCCAUUUCUUCUCCUUUGAUGGGUAUUUUUGAAAAGAGAAGAAUGAAAAGGUUUUUAGAAUGGAUUGCCAAUUACAGAGAAGAUGACUUAGGAACUCAGCAGGGUUUAGAUCUUGAUAAAAAUACUAUGGACGAAGUAUAUUAUAAAUUUGGUCUAGGUAAUUCUACAAAAGAAUUCAUCGGUCACGCAAUGGCCCUAUGGACCAACGAUGAUUACAUUCAACAACCAGCUAGACAAACAUUCGAAAGAGUUCUAUUAUACUCCCAGAGUGUUGCUAAAUUUGGUAAAUCACCUUAUGUGUACCCAAUGUACGGUUUGGGUGAAUUACCUCAAGGGUUUGCUAGGUUAUCUGCUAUUUAUGGUGGUACUUACAUGUUGGAUACCCCAAUCAAUAAGGUCAAUUACAAUUCUAAUGGUGAAUUCGAAGGUGUCGAAACUAAACUUGGUAACUUUAAAGCUCCUCUCGUCAUAGCCGACCCAUCAUACUUUGCUGAAAAAUGUAAGGCAAGCGGUCAAAAAGUUGUUAGAGUGAUUUGUGUUUUGAACCACCCGGUGUCCAACACUAAGGAUGCUGACUCUUUGCAAAUCAUCAUUCCACAAUCCCAAGUUGGAAGAAAGAAUGAUAUCUACAUAGCUGUAGUAUCAUCAACACAUAAUGUUUGCGCCAAGGGUCAUUACUUGGCUAUCUGUUCUACCAUUGUUGAAACUGACAAGCCAGAAUUAGAAUUGGAACCAGCUUUUAAGUUACUAGGCGACAUUGAGGAAAAAUUCGUCGACGUCGUUGACAUCAUGGAACCCAUUGAGGAUGGCAGUAAAGAUAAGGUUUUCUUAUCAAAAUCCAACGAUGCUUCCUCUCAUUUUGAAUCUUUAACGGAUGACGUCAAAGAUUUAUAUAAAAGAGUAACUGGAAAUGACUUGAUCUUAAAACCUAAAGAAUCUGAAUAA